AUGCCUUUUGAAGCUACCCAGUACCUGUAUGUGGCCCAUCCAGUACCUGCACUAGAAACUAAUCGACUUCAGAGCCUGGUGACUGCCGCAGAUGCUCAGUUCACUGACAUGCAAUCAUCACUUGAUAACACCAAUCAAAUUUUGGGUACUGCAACAGAUUCCCUCAAUCGAGCUGUAUCGAUUCUAAAUGAUACACAGGAUCAAGUGACUUUUGCACAGAACUUAGUAUCAGAAGUAGAAACAAGUCAAAAUAAUAUCAACACUGUUUUAACUACUGCUAGUAGUGAUAUUACAAGUGCUGGACAGCUUUUUAGUGAUACCCUAGAAGUGAAAAAUGGUGGGAGUGAAAGUACUGCUCCUGUUCCCCCAAGCGUCAAUCAGCUUGGCUACAAUGGGUGGACAUCUGUGCUUGAUGAUGUAAAGUCUCAUACAAGUAGUGUCAUCGAUCAGCAAGGAAAUGCUGAAGUGUUUGUCCGUGCAGCUGAAAUUUACGCCAGUAAAUUGUACAAUACAUCACGAGAUACACUUGAGGUUUUUCAAGAAGCACAAGACCACGGACAGCCAGCAGUUGAUGCCAUUGAUAGCUAUCAACAAGCAAUAACAACUCUUGAAGAAGCUACUGCCAAAGCUGUUGAGGCUAACACCACGAUAGCUGAAGCCCUCAAUUAUGUCAAUGAAGUCUCUGUGUCCAAAAUACAAGAAGAAGCAGCAUCCUCACAAACAAGCAGUAAUGAUUUAAAAAACAGUGUUGAAAACAGAAACACCGACCCAGCUGCAUUGCAGUUGAGGUUGACUGAAGCCAAUGGUACAUUAGCUGUAGCUGAGCAAACUUGGGCACAGGUUGAAGAGAAUUAUGCAGCCCUUCAGGUAGAAGCAUCAGGAUUGGAUUUAACAUCACAAGAUCCCGGAAUUACACCUAUAGUAACUACAGCAACAUCAACGGCUACAAAAGCUAUCCUUGACGCAAAUGAAGUGAUCACUGCAUCAACAAUAUUGAAUGAGGACAUCAAAAUAGACCAGCAAAAUGUAGUGAUAGUACAGCAAAGUGUUGCUAAUGCUACUGUGUUAAAUGCAGAAUUGGACACCCUAGUUCCGCAGAUAGAAUCAGACUUGGUUGAUUUGUCGUCUACCGUAGACACACUAACUGAUCUUCAAAAUGAGACGAGUUACCAACGUUCAGAUAUCAAUUCACGAAUGGCGAUACUACAACAGAAAUUAGCACAAGCCCAGCAGGCAGUGGCCAACUCCAAGCAACCUGUACAUUUCUCUGCUCAUAGCUCAAUGCAGUAUUUGCGAUCAGAGCCCUUAGAAACCUACCUGUACAACAGCAUAUCAUUAAAAGUGAAAGCUGAAACACCUAAUGGAUUGCUUUUCUUUACUGAGAAUGACCCAGCAGAUGUUUUAAUGGCUAUUGAAGUGAUUAAUGGACAUCCGGUGUUUCGAUUCAAUCUUGGCCAAGAUCUCGUCUCUGUUGAAAGUCCAGUGGAUAUCUGCUGUAAUUCGUGGUAUGAGAUCAUAGCAACAAGGUAUGGUUAUGAAAGUCGUAUUUCUGUCAAAGAUAUGACAACUGGGGGAGCAGCAUUGGAAUAUACUAAAAGUGUGGUGACUUAUGAGAAGUAUCUACGUCUUGGACUAGAUAGUGUACUUUUUGUAGGAGGUCUGCCAGUCAAUUAUCCACUCAAUACAACCAGUGAUUCAGUGCCCGAGCUUGAUGAGUCUUCCUUGGUCCAGAUAAUCCCGCUACAAAACCGUGAUUAUGUUGGAUGCCUUUCUAAUGUUCAGUUUGAUGAUCAAGAAUUAAAUCUGUGGUUGGCUGACUUACAGGAAGGUUCAAUGACCUGCUGUAAUAGACCAACUAUUGUGACACCACCAGACCCUGCCUUAACUGAUGGUGUUUCUUUUACUGGUUAUGGAUAUAUGGAGUUACCAAUGGAAACCUUUGAUAUCUACUCAUCUGCAAGUAUGUCAGUUGAGUUCCGUACAUCAAUGAAAGAUGCAGUCUUGAUAUUACUCUCCAGACCUGAUCUAGUGGCUUAUAUUGGUUUGUACAUAUAUAAUAGGAAACUCUUGUUUCAGUAUAAACUGUCUGGAGCUCUCGUACAAACAAUUGAGACUGUAGCAGAUUUCAAUGAUGCUACGUGGUAUAAGACUACAUGUGGCUUCAACAGCACCAGUAUAUUCCUGAGUGUGGAAUCUAGUGAUGGAGACAUAUCUGAAUCUUAUGUAAUGCCGUUAUUGGUCACACCUAUAACAUUCCCUAAUUUGCAGACUGGUACAAGGCUUACACUAGGUUCCUCUAUUGACAACACACUCCGUGGCCCAACUAAUCUAAAGUUUGCUGGUUGUAUGCGUAAACUAAUGCUAACAAAUGGUACAUCUAUGAAUCUCAUACCACGACCAAUGACAAAUACCACAGCUGUCAGUUAUAGUGAUGUCUCGUUUUCUGGAUGCUUGGCUGAU